AACCGUAAGCAGAAAUGAUGUACGCUGAAAAUAAUUGAUGAGCGUUAAUAGCAGGGUCAUUAUUUAGUUUCAAUGCCGUUUACGAUUUCAUCUUCAAGUGCGAGAUUGUCUGAGGCGCUGUAGCUGAGCAGACAUGGCUGCGCCCAUCAUGACUCCGGCAACAUGUGAAGACUUCUUAGCAUUUCAAGAAAUACUGAAAAAACUUCGCAAGGUUGAUGAUAAUAUUGUCUACGCCCUGAAUACGACCAUUCCGACAGAAUCAUUUGCACCAAAUGGACCUGGCAUGUGUAGGGACCUCUAUGAAAAGCUCUUGGCCUCAUAUUCCCAACGCGAGAAAGCCAUUAAACAGUGCCUACAGUUUUCAUCGGACAGAGUGCACAACUUGAAAGAAGAGAGAUCUAAAGAUCCAGACAAUCUAGACGUCUUGAAGCGGUUACGUAAAGAACAGACCCAGUUACGUCUCAUGCAGAACGAGCUCAACGUUGAAGAAGUAGUCAAAGAUCGUUCCUUCAAGAUCUUUCACGAGAGGUGCCGUCUCUUCUACAAUCCACCGAGUGCCUGAUGACUGUGGGCAAUAGUUUCUGUGCCUUGUAGAUAACAUAUUUCACUCGAAUGGCAAACACAGUAAAAAUGGCAGUAGUUGUUUUUGUACCUGCAAUUUUGGGAUUUUUGCCACCACGAAAUGCACGUAUUAUUAAAGUCGACAAAUUUUU